GAUAAUGUGGUUACACACAUAUGUUGCUCUGCUAAUAUAUAAAGAGAAAUGCUGUGAUUUAAUCAUUUCCGUACUCUGAUUAAGGAACGAGGCAAAAAAAUGUAUAUGCUCAUCCUGCUAGGUUUAGUUAUUGGGGCGUUCGCUGAUGAGUGUCCCUCAAAUUCUCACUAUAACGACUGUGGAAGUGCUUGUCCAAUUACGUGUGAGAACUACAAAGACCCUCCAACCUUUUGCAUUCGAAUAUGUGUACCUGGCUGCCAUUGUGAUGAAGAAGAGGGAUACGUUAAAACAAAAGAUGGACGAUGUGUUUUACCUGAAGAAUGUGGACCAAAUGGUUUGUAAAACAUUUUACUUAAUAAU